AUGAUUGGAAACUAAAGGAGAAUUGAUAGUGCAAUUGAUAGGGAGAUACUUGUGUAAUUGAUUUAGUGAGAAUGUUUUUAACCAGAAGUGAAUACGAUCGAGGUGUUAGCACAUUUUCUCCCGAGGGACGUUUAUUUCAAGUUGAAUAUUCGUUGCAAGCUAUUAAAUUAGGAUCCACAGCAAUUGGAAUUGCUACAUCUGAAGGUGUUAUAUUGGGAGUUGAAAAACGAGUUACCUCGCCAUUAUUAGAAUCGUCAUCGAUUGAAAAAAUUGUUGAAAUUGAUAACCAUAUAGGAUGUGCAAUGUCAGGGUUGACAGCAGAUGCAAGAUCGAUGAUUGAUCAUGCUAGGGUGGCAUCGUUAAACCAUAAUUUAUAUUAUGAUGAAAAGAUUCAAGUUGAAACAUUGACACAAUCUGUAUGCGAUUUGGCAUUAAGAUUUGGAGAGGGAGUUGACGGAGAAGAGAGAUUAAUGUCGAGACCAUUUGGGGUAGCAUUGUUGAUUGCGGGAUACGAUGAUAUAAAUGGACCACAAUUGUAUCAUGCUGAUCCAUCAGGAACGUUUUAUAGAUAUGAUGCAAAGGCUAUAGGUGCCGGUAGCGAGGGAGCCCAAGCUGAAUUGAAUAAUGAAUAUCACAAGUCAUUGACAUUAAAGGAUGCCGAGUUGUUGAUUUUGAAGAUAUUAAAACAGGUGAUGGAAGAAAAAUUGGACAGUAAUAAUGCACAGUUAGCUAGUGUUACUAAAGAUGAAGGAUUUAGAAUUUAUAGUGAUGAAGAAACUGGGAAGAUUAUUCAAGAAUUAAAAGAUCAAGAAGACGAUGAUAUAGCUGAGGCCAGUUAAACGACAAUAAAAGAAAAGAAAAGAAAAUAAAUUGACUGAAUUUUUUUAGUUAUUCUUUUGUUUAGUUUCCUUAAAUUUCCUUAAAUUUUUCUUAAACUUCUUAAAUUUUCUAAUUGUUUAA